AUGAUUGGUUCUCUUCUAUAUCUUACUGUAUCUAGGCCGUACAUUAUGUUUAGCAUGUGUAUGUGUGCUCGUUAUCAAUCAGCUGCUAAGGAAUCUCAUUUAAAAGUCGUAAAACGCAUUCUUAGGUAUCUUCAUGGCACUUCUAAGUAUGGGCUUUGGUAUUCUAAGGGAGGAAAUUAUAAUUUGGUUGGUUAUACCAAUUCUGAUUUCGCCGGUUGCAAAUUGGAUAAGAAGAGUACUAGUGGAACUUGCCACAUGUUUUCAAAUUCCUUAGUAAGUUGGCAUAUCAAGAAACAGGUUUUUGUUGUUUUGUCAACUACCAUGGAGGAAUACGUAGCGGCCGGUAGUUGUUGUGCUCAAAUUUUGUGGCUCAAACAACAAUUGCUUGAUUUUGAUAUUAAACUACAACAUAUUCCUAUUAUAUGCGACAACACUAGUGCUAUUAAUAUAACCAAAAAUACGGUGUUACACUCUCGCAUUAAGCAUACUGAGAUCCGUCACCACUUCCUACGUGACCAUGUUGAGAAAGGAGACGCCGUAUUUGAGCAUGUUGAAAGCAAAAAUCAACUUGAAGAUAUCUUUACAAAACCUCUUGCGACCGAACCGUUUUUCAACAUGCGAAGAGAAUUAGGGAUACUUGAUAUCUCAAAUCUUGCCUAA